UUGGAGAAGACACUGCAUCGUGACAGCUGUCAUAUUAGGAAUGUGAUCGUGAUUGAUAAAUGUUAAUGUAAACAAUUUGACCGAUGUCUGCGUCGUCUGUUUCAAAGAUAAAGUAGUCGGAUUUGACGUUUAAAUCGCAUUCAGAUUAAUUGCGCUCAAACUGUUCUUACAAAUAAACGUUGUAAACGAUGACAAUGGGCGAUGAGACUCCAGUUGCAUCACUGGUUCUUCCUGUAAUUUUAAGGCCGAUAUUAAUGAAGCUAGAGAGACAAAAUGUAUUGGCAGCUCAAACUUUACGCACAGCUUUAUUGAAAGCUGAAAAUUCUCAUCCAGGGAUCACACAUGAUUUCAUUCUUGGUAUAAUUAGACGGGCAGAACUUAAUCUUGAUAUGAAUGAGAGUGUACUGAGAUUGCAAGGAGCUGCUUCUGAUUAUGAUGUUGUGGAAUAUAGAUCGGCUAGAUCUGAAGAUGCUUUUCAAGAAUUAAAUCGUAAAUCAACCUCGUUGAAAAGAAUACUUAGCCGAAUUCCUGAUGAAAUAACAGAUCGUAAAACUUUUCUUGAAACAAUAAAGGAGAUAGCAAGUGCAAUAAAGAAACUCUUAGAUGCUGUGAACGAAGUCACUGCAUUUAUACGUGGUUCUGCAGGGAAGCAGGCACUAGAUCAGAGGAAAAGGGAAUUUGUUAAAUAUAGUAAACGAUUUAGUAACACAUUGAAAGAGUAUUUUAAAGAAGGACAAGCUAAUGCAGUAUUUGUGAGUGCACUGUACUUAAUACAUCAGACAAAUAUGAUAAUGCUCACAGUAAAAGAUAAAUGUAACUGAGGGAGAAAAGAUUAACAUCUGAAAACAAAAAUAAAAGCGGGA